AUGGUGGAUGCAAGGUUUCUCGCCUCCAAGGAGCAGUUCCAUGCCUACCUGCGGGCCGGGGAGGAGAAGAAGGAGGAGGUCAGCAGCUGCCAGGGCGAGCCCCCUGCCAAACGGGUGAAGUCAGAGGACCUCGGUCAGGACGGGGAAAGCCGAGAGAAUGCUGGAGCAGAGGAGAAGGAGCCCACGGAGCGGAAGCGGGCCCGGGGACAGAACAAGAGCAGGCCGUGUAUGAAACCCAAUCACUACGAGCAGAGCAGGCUGUGCCCGUCGGUGACACAGGGGUGUGCAGAGAAGUGCUACUUUGGCCCACGGUGCCGCUUCCUUCAUGACAUUGGCGAGUACAUGGCCGCGAAGCCGGCUGACCUGGGGCGCAGCUGCGUGCUCUUUGAAACCUUUGGCAAGUGCAUUUACGGCGUCACCUGCCGCUUUGCCCAGGCCCACCUCGGGGACGGCUACCAGAACAUCGUCAACACGGACCUGGCCAAGCAGUGGGAAGGGAAGUCGCUGGUGAGGAACAACCUCUCCAAGGACCUCCAGCACCAGCUGCGGAAGAAGAAGUUUAGCUUCAAGAAGGCUGAUGAGUACCUCCGUGGUUUGGCCAAGCCCCACAGUGAUGGUGGGAAGGAAGGCAAAGCCACGGGGCAUUCUACAGAGGAGCAAGAGGUGUCCAACUGCACAACACCCCGGGAGGGUCUGGGAGACAGCUCUGAAUGUCCUGUGCUACCAGAGCAGGGAGAAGAUUCCAAACCAGACGCCUUGCAGUGCCCCAGCCCCACAGCUG